CUUUAAAAAGACUUGCUAGAUUUUUUAGCCCUUCCCUGCAAUCAAUCAAUCAAGACUUCACUAGUUUGACGCUUGCCUACCCUGCUAAUGUUAAGCAAGUUAUCUUAUUGAAAGACUAGCUAGUUUUGUUGAUCCCCCUUCACCCAUUAUGGCUGAGCAUAAGUUUUAGCUACUGUAGUAUUUAUAUUGUGUGAAAACGUAGUAAGAGGCUAGUUACAUAAGUCAGUGAUUAAUUGAAUACAUUAACAUAUGUGUCUCAAAGUGUGAUGUUUUUGUGUCCACAUGAAACCACACAGAGACUGCACUUCAGGGAGGUCGUCUUUGUCUUGAGUGUGACGGAUGUGGUGAGGUGUCGAAAGAGGAAACUCAGCUUGUUCUGCUGCAACCAUCUGAUACUGGAGAAGAAUGCAGGCAGCCGGACCACUGAAGGUAUGUUAGGAAACUCCAGUCUGCUGGCUGCAGUCCUGACGAUCGUGUCAGUGGUGGCACUGAUUCUGUUGGUUCUUUUCUGUCUGCGAUGCAAAAGGAAAUCCAAGAUCAUUCACGAGGAGCAUCAGAUAUACAACCCGCAGACGUUCCAACGCGAGGGAAGUAUGUUUGCUGUGACACGAUCAAAAGCAGUGACCAGAGCCAACCAGAUAACGACAACCACAGUUGAAACUCGUAAUGAAUGGAAUGAAUGUUCAGAAGCUGCAUCUGACAACCAGUCAGGCUAUGGAAACAUCAGAGACUCUCACACAGGAAGUCUGGAACACACAUAUGUAGACCCACUCCCAAUGUCACUGUAUGAAAAUGAUGAACAGAAUAAAAACAGGAUAUCUGAUCAUGAUCCCGGUGUCUAUGCAAACAUCUCACCAGAUGAUGAGGACGACUACGAGAACUCUGAGUUCCUGAAGCAGCAAGAGGAUGAGGAGCCUGAUUAUGUCAAUGAAAACGGGGAGUGCUGAUGACGACACAGCUUACAGACAACAACAACCUGCUCUCUACUACUUUUUUUUUUUUUCAAACUAACUGUUUAAGUGUGUUUUUUUAUUUCCGCUGUGUCUGAUGUGUAACUGUGGGAAUAAAACGCUUAUGGAGCCUGAUUGUGUUGGAACCCGAAGCUGCCACCUAGUGGUGAAAAAUCCAUUUAAUAUAUGAUGAAUGCAUCAGGACGGGACAUUUGCUGUUGCAUAAUGGCAAAUAUUCAAGCAUACAAAUGAAAUAAAGAACAUCUUAUAGAGUCAAAAGGUAAAGUAUUAAAGAAUUGGUGAGCUUUAAAUUUUAAGGAGGAAGAUAACAGAAUGAGUUCCUCCACAUUAUUACUGAGAUUAUCACAGAUCAGAUUAGACAGUGAGGCUGUUACUGACCUGUGCCAACUUUUUACUGGAAUUGUGGAAGAAAUAUACCAAACUGUACCAAUAACAUGAUGUAAAAUACACUCUGCCACAAAUAUAAUAUAUAUACUGUGUGUAUACUUACUAUAUCUACAUGUUAAUGUUUUGGAUUUGAAAUACUACUUUAAGCGACUAUAGAUAUUUUAAUAUUAAAGUUGUUAUUACAGUCUGUGUGAAAAAUGACAGUAAAAAUACAGAAAAACAGAAUAAAAAAAACUGGAAUAAAAAAGGUAGAGGAAAAACCACUGUAUUGUGCGUUGCGGUUUGAUUCAGACAAGAAGAAUCAGUCAGAGAAAAGACCUUCCACAGAGACGAUUUUAUUAUCCUGAACAGAUCAGUCUGAAGCCGCUCAGAAACCAACAACCAGAGAAGACAGGUGACCAGAGCCGAUGAUGAUAGUUAGUGUGGACAGACAGAAAAUAUAACGUCUAGGUACACACGCACACAUCACGUGAACUGUUUCAAUAUAUAUAUAUAUAUACUGUAUGAGGGUGGUGCGGUGACUUUACCAGGGUGGCUACGCAAAAGUGACAAUGCAACACACACAUUCACGCACACACAGGACUAUCUCAGCAGGAAAAUUCUUCGUCCGAGCAAAAACAAACAGCUUCUGCCUCAACGAGCCAUUUGAUCCAUUUCUGUCUUCAUUAGCCAUCACUUGACUUGUAUUCCCAGCAGUUUGACUUGAUGAGUUUCAUCAGCGUGUUAAAAGUAAGGCAGAAGAAGGCUCUUCUUGAUACAGACA